AUGAGCUAUUUAAGUGAUGGUCAUUUGCAGAUUGAUCGCUUCUGGUGCAAACUUAUCGCAAGCUAUGGUUUGGACAAUCAUCAAGUUUUGUACACGUUUUCAAAGGCUGGCGACAGCGUUGCGAUCGGUCGUGAUAAACGUCAAUGCGCUAUCAAACUAGGCUCGAAUGCGCAAGGUGUCAGUCGUGUACAUCUGAAACUUCAGCUUCAACCAAAUGGCUCAGUUCGGUUUCUUCCUUUUUUCCUGAAUGGUUAUAUAGGUGUUGUGUUUGCAGUGCUUAUAGCAACAGAUCUGAGCACGUAUGGUACGAGCUACAAUGGUGGGCCGUUGGUGGUAGAAAAGAAGAAAGAGUUGAAGUCCGGUACCACUUUACAAAUUGGAAGCUCGAUUUUCGUGGUCAAAAAAUGUGAAGACGAUGAAAUGUAUGGAUCGUCCAGCGAAGCGCGCAGCAAUUUCCUUGACGUAAUUUUGUACACAAUGAAUUUGUUACUGUUUUACGGGGCUGGAAUUGACUGUAAGAGAGAACAGAACUAUAUUUGA